AGCUCAGAAAAUUGAAAUGGCUGCCCAAAAGAGUGCUUUGAUCCUUUUGCCACCAGAAGACGCCGAAGAAAUCGAGGUUAUUGUGACCGGAGAUGUGUUGGUCCGUGGAGGUUUACAAGUUCUAUAUGCUGGAAGUAGUACUGAACCUGUCAAAUGUGCCAAAGGAGCUCGUAUUGUUCCGGACGUAGCUCUCAAGGAUGUGAAGAACAAGACAUUCGACAUCAUAAUUAUCCCAGGUGGACCCGGAUGUAGCAAACUGGCAGAGUGCCCAGUUAUCGGUGAAUUGCUGAAGACCCAAGUCAAAUCUGGAGGUCUAAUUGGUGCAAUUUGCGCCGGUCCAACAGUUCUUCUUGCGCAUGGAAUUGUGGCAGAGCGUGUCACUUGUCACUAUACUGUCAAGGAUAAAAUGACAGAAGGAGGCUACAAAUAUUUGGAUGACAACGUUGUUAUCAGCGACAGAGUUAUCACUUCUAAAGGACCUGGAACUGCUUUCGAGUUUGCUUUGAAAAUCGUCGAAACACUGGAGGGACCGGAAAAAACCAAUAGUCUUUUGAAGCCACUGUGUUUGGCAAAGUAGACAGUGACAACGAUAACUGAUGUUUUCAAUGUAAAAAAUUGUUUUUUUUUGUUUAGCUUUUUGUAUCAAAAAGUUAAUGAUUAUCAUUACUUAUAUAUAAAAAAAUAAUUCCGUUUG